AUGUCUUCAUUCGAUGACAAGGGCUUCCCUGUAGUUCAGCUAUCCAACGAUGGCUGGUCCUCCGACCAAGAAGCGACUGCGACCUGCUUUUGUGGAGCUGUGCAACUGGUCCUGGUGAGUUUGUUGGAACUUGAUGUUCACUGUGGCAGUUUGGUCCCGACUCUAACAAAAGAUCCACAGCCCCUCCAGAAGCCUGGGUUAGUCAAUCGUCACGUCUGCCACUGCACCGACUGCCGCAAAAUCGGUUCCGCAUUCUAUCAAUCCAACAUCACUGUGAUGGAUUCGCAUCUCAAAUAUACCCGUGGCGAGGACAACCUCACAGCCUUCAGCGAGGACAAAACGAUUCGCGCUAACGCACUCAUGACAAACUACUUCUGUAAGACAUGUGGGACUCUGAUGUAUCGUCGCGGCGCACGUUUUCCUGGGAUGACCAUUUUGCGCACUGGAACGGUUGAUGAUCUCGCUCUUGCAGAAACUAAACUGCGCCCCCAGGUCGAACAGUUCAUUGAGAGAAGGGUUGCCUGGUCGGUGCCUUUUGAAGGCACGGCGCAGGUGGUGGGAAUGCAUCAGCCCUCUGAUAUCGAAAAUAUCCCCUAG